GCAUGCAGAGAUGUGCCUUAUGAAGUUGCGCGCCUACUCGCCAGUUCCAGGCUGUGCCUGGGGGAGAAGCCAGCAGAAGUGAGGGCCGCAUCCCUGUGUCUGACGUGGGGUGUGGCACGGCAAGCGUGGCCCCUGGGCUGGCUGGCUAUUAGUCUCUGAGUCUGCCCUGUCCUUGACUGGGCUUCUGACGCCUAUCAGCGCCUUUCUCUUUCACUCCUGUGGGUCUCGGCCACUCUCGGCCUCUCUCACUGCCUCUCUGCUCUUUUCCUAUUCUGUAUUCUGUGGCCACAAAGAAACCCAGCCAGACCCAGGAGCCGGUGUCAGUCCAAACACCUGCCACUGGUGAUAAAGCUCAUCUGUCUUGCUGGUCUAUGUAUUUAUGUGACGGGACAUUUUCACUUCUGCGUGAAAAUCUAAGUGCAGCCUUUCUGUCUUUUGGCUGCUGUCUGUGUGUCCGUUUUGCUCAGGGACCCCAGCCUUUCUUCACAGCACCACACAGGAGCAGGUAUUUGGCCCUUGGACCCCGCCACAGUGUGGGCCCCCCCCCCAGUGUUGCCUUCUUUGAAGUCUAUCUCAAGUGGGCAAAGGCUCUUUCUGAGACAGAGAUAGCUGGACAGGCACAUUGCAGGCGGAACCUGGAGAAAGACGUUUGAAACUCAGCCGAGUUACAAGUUUCUCUAGGGACAUAAAAUGCGCUCUGGGACCAGGCAAACGGAGACACUUCCUUGGGCCGCCUGGGGUUGGAACAGGUCUCCUGGAAUGGAGUGGAGGGGAUCGUGUAGGUGAGUCGCUGGUCUGUGGCCACCAAGAGCAAGCAGAAUGCCACCCGGCCAGGCAGGGGAAAGGGUACCCAACCAACUCAGGGGGGCAAGUCCUGGGAACCCUAUGAAGGAGAAGCAGUGAAAACUGCCCAGGUCCUGCGCCCCAUGCUUCUGGUGUAAGAAGGCUGAGUCAGCGCAGGAUGAGGCCGUGCUGUGAGGAGUCCUCAGAGACCAGGCGCCCCCGUGGAGCUGGAGCUGGUGCUGGAGCUGGAGCUGGAGGGAAGGCACUGGCCAGCCCCGCCCCUUGUGUCCUGCGGCCCGACUGGGACUCUUUGUGCGUCUGUCUCUGCGUGAGUUUGUCUGACUCCUCCGCUCCCCUGAGCUGUGCGUCUGUCUGUCCCCAUCUCCCUGCCUGCUCCGCUUCGCAGCGUUUCUGGCUUCCUCUGUCUCUGUUCUCAGGUCUCCGUCUCUCCACGCCGCCCCCCCUUUGUUAAUUCAGAGGCUCCUCACUGAGCCCCUCCCCUCUCUUUCCAGAAUCACGAGAGGAAGUGGCCUCCCCUUCUCCAAAUGCCACCGCCUUAGUCACGCUCCCGGUUCUCAGGAGACCAGGUGGAAUUGUGCAGAUUUUUGGGUGACAGUGGCAGAAGUGGGAGGAAGCUUGGAGGAGCAUAAAAGACGCAAUCCACAGCUGUCUGCUUUUAAUUAUAAUUAUCCCCUUUCGCUUCCUUUCUGGCUAAUGAGGGGGGAUUUAAUUUUUUUCCUCCCUUUUCCUCCCCCUCCCUCGUUUGCCUGGAAUUGGGGGGAGGAGUGAGUUGGGGUCCUCCUCCCCUGCCUCCCCUAUCCCCUGGUUACUGGGAGAAAGGCAGACUCUAGAGGGUGGUGACGGUAUGAAGAGAUUUAUAGGAACAAAAGAAGGACAGGUUUGGAUUGCUGGACACGUCCCAGAGUUGGAGAGACCCCCCCCCUCCAUGCCUCUGGCACCCCCUCCCGUCAACCCCACAGCUUCCCUAGACAAGGAGUUCAAUGUCUUCCAGCCGGGAGAGCAGCAAAAGAAAGAGAGGCGAGCGAAAUUCCUGAAUGGAGACAGAUGCUACGUCAUCGUCACCGGAGCUGCAUCCUCCCUCCUCAGGAGGCAGGAACCCAGCAAGGCCGUCCAGCGGCCGGGCCACCGAGCCGUCUCCUCGCAGAAGCCCGGAGCUGAACACCCCAGAAGCAGCAGCCCUAUUUGUUUCUGGUAUCAUCGUAGGCGGCCACCCUCGGCUUUGGGCUCCUGGGGGCAGAGAUGGAAGCCAGGUGACCCUAGGGGAGGUGGUUGGUUGUGGAGCAGAGAUCUGCUCAUGGCUGACGCAGGCAAGAGAGGAGAGGAGUGUGGGGUAUGGCCCAGCCCUCACUCUCGCCUUUGCCCCUCAAAGAGACCAUCUGUGAUGGCCGACCCUCUACCAUCUCUGUCACCUUGUUGUCACCUCCCUGGCUCCACAGAGCUCUCAGGCAAGUGAGCAGUGUGUGGGUACCCCGGGGCAGAGCUGGCAGCAAGCAGGGGAGGCCGUGCUGAGGCAGGCCUGAGGAAUUCCCAGGUUGGCCUCCCAACAGGAGGACGCUGGCGGGGAGUGGGGGCGGUGUCCUCAGGGACAGAAUCUUCCAGAUGAUGUCCCCAUGCCUCUAACCUCACCUGCCCAUAUGGAGAUUUAAAUAUAUAUAUAAAUUUUUUUCACAGCUUCAGCAUUUUUAGUGCCAAUUCUUACUUGUA